AUUUGUCAGUUUUACGUCAAACAAAACUCUCAAAACAAAUCAUUUCUAUCUUAAUUUAGCGUUGAAUAAGGAUUUUAGUAUUAUCUCGAAAUGCUUACUUUGUGGAAUUUGUUUGAAGCCUCAUUACUUUGUCUCAAUGCAGUCUGCGUACUUAACGAGGAAAGAUUUAUGCAAAAAAUGGGAUGGGGAGCUCAAAGUCAUAGUCAAGGAUUUGAAGACCAAUCAACAGUGAAAUACCAGAUACUAAACUUAGUUAGGUCCAUAAGAACAGUAACAAGAAUCCCGCUGAUUCUGCUAAACAUACUCACAAUAAUAUUCAAGUUACUACUGGGAUAAUAGAGAUAAGAUAGAAGACUCAAGAUAUAACAAAAAUAACCAUAACAGCUGCUGCUUUAAAACAUGCUCUUAUUUAAACUAUAUAAGGUCAAUACUCAAUACGGAUUUAAGUGUGUCAUAAGGUGAAGUGUGUCUGGCCUCUACAUUUGGCAUUUUAACUCAUUGUUACAGGUGGUGCGAGUUCAUACUUUUGCUACUUGCUACUCACUAUUAUUGGUUAACGUUUGAAGGCUCAAUAAACAAGGAUCAUUGUUUAAACAUUUGAAAUGUGAAGGCCAGACACAAUUCUCCUUAUGACUCACUUAUCCAUAUUGUGCUUAUCUUUUUACAUGAAAUGAAAAUUACAUAUUGCGAAUAUCUUAUUAGAAUGUUAUAAUAAGUAAAAGACAAUACUUUAUUUAGGGAUUUUUUUUUUCAAUUGAAUUCUGAGCUUCAGAGGGCCUACUGUACAGAAUUUCGCAAAUCAUUGUAAUUUUUCUUUUAUUUUCAAAUUGAGGUGAAACUAUAAUAACAGAGAAAACUAACUGCAAUUUACUAGCUAUGGUUUUGGCAGUAAGCUUUUAGAUUUUGUGCCGAAUGAUAAGUCCGGGUUCGAUGGGCCGACCAAAUGUGCCUGUUCUGUGUAAAGUGUUUGUUAUCCAAAGUUCAUCACUUUAGUGUAUGAUAUCAAAUAAUCUUAACAGCUUGUUACAUUUUAAAAUCAUGGAAUUCUGUUGAUGUAAAAGUGAGUCAGUAAUCGUAAGAACAAACAUUAUUCCUAA